UUGAUUUUAAGCAAAGUUGCUACUUCGACUGCAAGCAGAAUGGAAUCCUCCAAGCUGGCCCUGCUGCUGGUCUUCGUCUCCUGUGUGGAGCGUUGUUUUUCGGCCUCCUGUGUUGUUGACAGCUUCUCAGUCAAACCAGACUUUGACCCCAAAAGAUAUGCAGGGAAGUGGUAUGCGCUGCAAAAGAAAGACCCGGAGGGACUGUUCCUGCAGGAUAACAUCUCAGCUGAGUACACCAUCGAUGAUGAUGGCUCCAUGACAGCCUCCUCCAAGGGACGUGUCACUCUGUUCGGCUUCUGGGUUGUUUGUGCUGACAUGGCGGCUCAGUACUCUGUUCCUGACCCCACCAAUCCUGGCAAGAUGUUCAUGAACUACCAGGGUCUUGCCAGCUACCUGUCAAGUGGAGGCGACAACUACUGGGUCAUCGACACCGACUACGACAACUACGCCAUCACAUACGCCUGCCGCACCCUGAAAGACGAUGGCAGCUGUGAGGAUGGCUACGCCCUUAUCUUCUCCAGGAACCCCAGAGGCCUGCCCCCCGCCAUCCAGCGCGUCGUUCGCCAGAAACAGGAGGAAAUCUGCAUGGCCGGACAGUUCCAGCCCGUCCUGCAGUCCGGAGCCUGCUGA